GCGUUCACACUGCUUUUAGCAUUUCCAAAAAAAAUAAAUAAAAAAUAGCGACAAAUGCCCGAUGCUGCUGCCCGAGAUCACAUAAUUCCAAGUGCUUGACCCAGUGUGUAGUGAGUGUGCAACAGCAUCCAGAGAAACAGGAAAGAGAGAGUGAGAGUGAGCCCAGAGGCUAGAGUCGGAGCUGGAUUUGUUGCUGCAGUUGUUGAUGAAGUGGGCGCUGCAGUGAAAUGAUGCCCUACAAUGUGCGCUCCGCUGGCGGCGGCAGCCUCGGUGGUAUUCUGCGCAAGACUGGUGCCGCUGCAGUUGCUCCCGGCGGACUGUCGGCGGGGGCCAGCAACGGCAACGGUGCGACGAUACUGGACGCACGCCAGCCGCCCUUGGAACUGCUCGUCUUCGGCUACGCAUGCAAGAUAUUCCGGGAUGACGAGAAGGCGCGCGAACUGGACCACGGCAAGCAGUUGAUACCCUGGAUGGGCGAUGUAAAUCUCAAGAUAGACAGAUACGAUGUGCGUGGCGCACUCUGCGAUCUGGCACCCUACGAAGCGCCACCUGGGGGCUACGGCAACCGGCUGGAAUACCUGAGCGCCGAGGAGCAGCGCGCCGAGCAGCUGUGCGAGGAGGAGCGCUAUCUAUUCCUGUACAACAACGAGGAGGAGCUCCGUUUGCAGCAAGAGGAGGACCUCAAGCGGCUGCAGCAGGAGACCUCCGGCGGCAACUAUAGCCAGGUGGACUUCCAGUACGAUGGCCAGGGCGUGGCGUAUGCUGCUGCUGCUGGAGCUGGAGCUGCCUCCUCCACGACUGUGCCGCCCUCGCUCUCGCCGGGCACCGCAGAGGAGAACGAACUGCCUUUUGUCCUGCCACGCACCCUGCUCCUGCCGCUGCCGCCGGGAAUGCUGGUGCCCGAGACGAUGAAGCAACAUGCCAUCAUCGAGAAGACGGCCCGCUUCAUAGCCUAUCAGGGCACCCAAAUGGAGAUCCUGAUCAAGGCCAAGCAGUCCAACAACUCACAGUUUGACUUCCUCACGCAGGGCGGCCACCUGCAGCCCUACUACCGUCACCUCCUGGCUGCCAUCAAGCAGGCCAAGUACGCCCCCACGCCUGAGAGCUCCACCAACACCGAGGCAGAGCCCGGCUCCGGCUCCGGACUGGAGAGCCAAGGCCAGCGAACGGGUACCAGUACGCCCGGUCAGGUUGUCAUUAUGGUGCCCACCAUCAAGUACAAGCCUUCGGCCAACUGCGCCUACACCCAACUCAUCAGCAAGAUCAAGGGCGUGCCCCUGCAGACGGUGCUCGACGACGAGCUGAGCACCACCAAUUCGCAGCACUCCGGUGGCACGGCCUCGCCCACGCCCAGCUGCAGGUCGGAGGGUCACAGCCAGCAGGGGGAGUUCACCCCUGUCCUGAUCCGCUACAACGGCAGCACCUUCACCCACGAGGCGGAGGAGGUGGACUCUCCGGUGCCCGAGGAGGAGAACGCCAACGAUGGGCCACCGCAAGUGGAGCUGCUGAAGAACACCAGUGCCCUGGCCCUGGCCCAGAACUACAGUUCGGAGAGCGAGGAUGAGCCGGGGGAUGAAGCAACCACCGCGACUGAGAAGGAGAAAGAGAAGGAGGCUGAGAAGGAGCCGCCAGCACCAGAGCCGGUGCUGACGUUUCCCGUGCCCGAUGAGAGCCUCAGGACGAUCAUCGACAAGACGGCCACGUACGUGAUCAAGAACGGACGCCAGUUCGAGGAGACGCUUCGCACCAAGAGCGUUGAGCGGUUCGGCUUCCUGCUGCCGCAGAACGAGUUCUAUCCAUACUACCUGUACAAGGUGACCAACGACGUGGAUGCCGCCUCCAAGGAGGAGAAGACGCGCAAGGCGGCCGCCGUGGCCGCAGCGCUCAUGAGCAAGAAGGGACUCAGCUUUGGAGGAGCUGCAGCUGCGGCAGGGAAUGCAGCAGAUAAGGCUCCCGUUUGCUUCUCGAUACGCGGCCGUGACGAGCAUGGUCCGCUUUCGGCUGCUCUGACUCAGGAGGCCAGCGACGAGGAUGAGAUCAAGGCUGGUGCCGCGGCUGCGGGCAGUGCGGAGCCGGUCCGUGGCAUGCCGGACAGAGUGCAGCGUGCCAUUAAGCAGGUGGAGACGCAGUUGCUGGUGAGGAGCCAGAGGGCUGCCCCCAUAUCUCCGCAAAAGGAGCGUCAAGCAGAGGAGCGAGUCAAGGAUAAGCUGGCGCUGAUUGCGCGCGACAAGCUGAACGGGAUGGUCUCCAAGGAGAAGCAGCUGCAGCUGGAGAGGAAGCGCAAGGCCACGGCCUUCCUCAAUCAAAUCAAAGGUGUUUCAGCCGGUGCCGUGGCUAGCUCUGCUGUGACCAGCGCAAAGGCGACUCCCUCCGAGGAGGCCGGUGCUGCCGCUGCGGGGGACAGCGACAACGAGUCCAACGAGUCCGUGCGCUCCAUACCCAUCACCUACUUCGGCCCGGACGACGACGAGGAUGAGGAGGAGGAGCAGAAGCAGAAGGAGAAGCCGGAGAAUGACAGCCAGCAGGACGACGAUGAGGAGGAGGAAGAGGACGGCGGGGAUCUGGAGAAAUACAAUCUGCUGAACGACGACAGCACGAACACCUUCACCAGCAAACCACCGCCGCCCCCGCCACCAGUACAGACCGCAGCUGCUCCUCCGAAACCGAUUGCCUCCGCGCCAGCAUCCGCCGUGCUACUAUCGGACGAUGACGAUGUUCAGCUGGUACCAGCUGCCUCGCCUGCGCCCCGCGGCACGUCCAGGACCUCGCGCCACCGAAAGACCCACCGCAGGAGCAGGAGUCGCAGCGUCAGCGCCAGCAGCAGCGAGUCCAGCCGCAGCUCCAGUCGGCGCAAGAGGCGCAGGGCCGUCGAGGAGGUGUCUGCCAGUGCCAGGAAACAGCGGCGACGCCGCAGCCAGAGUCGCACCUCCACCCGAAGCCAGCGCGUGCGUCAGAGCCAGCCCCAGAGCCACCGCCAGAAACAGCGAAGCAGAAGCCGGCACAGAAGUCGCAGCCCCAGGCGCCGACGAAGCCCCAUCCGUAGCAGGAGCCGCUCAAGAAGCAGUCGUAGUCGCAGUCGUAGCUCCAGCAGCCGCAAAGAUCGACGUCAGCGCCAGCAGCGGGAGGAGUCGCGCCACAACCAGCGACGCUCGCCCAAGAAGAGCCACAAGCGUCACAAGCGGCGCCGACGCAGCAGCUCCCCCUGACGCCGAUUCCCCUCAACUCGUUUUGUAGCUAACUUUUAAUGGUAUCAAAUAAACACGUCGAUUAUUUUUGGA